CUUCGCUUCCCAUCCCAUACCUUCUCCUUCCAUUCUCGAAGUUCCCAGCGUACUGUAUCGAUCAUCAGCAGGCAGGUAGUCAUCUGCAGAGCAUACAGCGAAGCGCACAGCGCAGCAACCUGGUCGACUUGGCCAGCUCAUCCUUGCUCGACCUUUCCACGAUCCCUUGGGCCAUGGGUAAUCUCCAAACCUCGAAAUUAUCCACAGCUCCAGCCUGAGAAAGAGCCGAGGAGGUGUGCCGCCAGUGGUGCUGCUUCUCCUCAACCUCAACUCAAAGUAGACAACGCAACAGCACCCACGGCAAAGCAACCUGGCACUUGCCUUGUUGUUCAACCCGACGAAAGCAAAGCAGAGAUUCCCAUUUCUGUCCCUACCAUCAGCAGCAGCAUUUGCGAAGGACCGAUAUUUGGCCAGCAGAGCCCGACCAACACAGCACGUGAACGCCUGUGCAGUGCAAGCACCAGCAAAGCUUCUGUUCGUGAACGUGCUACGAUUACGAACCGUGUGCGUGUACUUCAAGCGUGGUCGUCGUCCUGCAUUCACUGAACACAACUUCAAGUUGCGUGAUUCCACCCACUAUAGCUAGCCUUUACCGAGUUGCUUCGAAAGCCCCUCGCGAUUAUCAGUACCCCCCUGGAGCGCGAACCGGAAUCAUUAAUUCUCUUCUUCUUCUCGCCGAAAUCGAGCCGUCGAAAUGGGAGCCAUAGACGCUGUGAACCCCGCAUCCCUGCGUCCUCCGUCGGUGCGCGUGAGGCUGAACCAGCCGUCGUACGCGGCCGGCGAAGCGGUCAUUCUCACAGUCGACAUCGAGAAUCGAUCCGCGCAGCAGGCGGGCCGGCAGAGAGAUCAGCACCAGCAUCAGAAUCAGCAUCAGCAGCAGCAGCAGCAGUGGGGAGUUUAUGCUGCGGAUGGCAGGAUUCAGCUGGAGAGCCUGAGCGUCGAAGUCAAAGGCGUCAUUCGAUCCGCGACGCCGCCGCCUGCGGAUACAACAUGGACUUGCAACGGUGACGUGCCCUGUCUCGUAGCUCGUCCGCUCCGCCUCGCCAUCCACGCGCCGCUUGUUCCGGGCUGUUCCAAGAGCUAUGCCAUCGAGAUCCCUCUGCCGAUCAACGCGCUCCCAUCCGGUCGCAUGGUCGGGAACGACUCGCUCGCUCCCCCCCUCACCCUUCCUCUCCCCCUCCACGACGCGAGUGACCCCCCCGCGCCUCUUGAACCCGCCUCCGCCGCCGUGCUCUACCUCGUGAGCGUUUCCGCCGAUUGGCGCGGGAUCUCCGCGCCCGGCUUCGCCACCUCCGCCACCUCCGCCGCCGCUGGGCGUCCCGUGGAGCUCCUGGCGUGGUUCAAAGUCAAGCCCGCCGCGGGUACCAUUAGUCACGCCACAGCACCGCCAAGCACGGCGUUCAACCCUGCCUGUCCGCCCUGCGCCCGCCUGUCCGCGCACGAGAGACCAUACGGACGUCCAUCCGCCGCGCUGGCAUCCCCGCAUGGACGAUCACCGUUCCGCCUUCCGCAGCUCACCACCCCCACCGCCUCCGCCUUUCCCCCAGGCUCCUCCCUUCCGCCCACGCCCACGCCCGUAACCCCCUCCCCUGGAUCCAACCCCCCUCUACCCCGCCGCCUCCUCCCUCACCUGUCCGCGCCGCGUGAGCGCACCAGCUCGCCGUCCCUCGCGCCACCCUGCGCUGAUGACGUGGAGGCUGUCAGCGUGGCUGCGGUCCUGCCGUGUGACGUCAGCAGCAGCAGAUUCGGCGCGUGGGGAUGGGCGCACGGGCAAGGGAACAGCCAUGGCACGGCCUGCGAUGGGGAGAGCUGCUUUGGAGAUAAGCACAUGAGAGAAGCAGAAGCCGACGAAGCAGGCGCCGCAGGAUUAGUAGCAGCAGGAGCAGGGGCAGGAGCGGGAGCACCAGCAACGUAUGGUUUUUCCAAGGCAUAUGCUCCUGGGUCUGCGAUGCAUAUGCACGGAUCGGCAGCCGCGGCACACGUGCAUGGGCUGGCUGAUGUGCCCGAAGAAAGGAUCGUCGCGCACAGCAGCGGCAGCAGCAGCAGCGUGUGGGGCGGCAGCAGCAGCGGCAGUGUCGGCAGCUGCAGCAGCAGCAGGCCGAGCGACGAGGAAUCCGCCAUUGCUGCCGCCGCCUCGGCCGCCGCCGCUGCUGCUGCUGCCAUCGCUGCUGCUCGCGGGCGGGAGAAGAAGGCGGAAGGAGGGGGGAUGGAGUGGGGAACUGUGGCCGGGAGGAUGGGCGGGAGGGGGAUGGUGAGGGCGUCGACAACAGGGCAGGUGACGGAAUGGCGAGAGGGAGGGGGGCUUGUGGAAACAGCAGCAGCAAUAGCAGGAGUGGCAACAGGAGCAGCGGCGGCGGCAGCAGCAGAAGCCGCAGCAGCAGCAGCAAGGGCUAUGAGGAGAAGUAGGAGUGACGAUGCUGGUAUGCCUGGGCAGGGCCGCCGUGGGUACUACGCUGGGGGGUAUGCAGAGGGGGCGGAGGGGGAAGAGGAAGGGGAAGAGGACGCGUACAGCAGUAGCAGCAGCGCGGAAGGCAGUCUGGAGGGUGGCCUGGAGGGAGCAUUGGAUGGCAAUAAUGGUGCCAGUGAUCAGGGCCAGGGCAACCGGUUUAGGACAAUGUCUCUGCCGGCAAGGAGGCUGCCUGACGUCCCCCUGGAAGGUCUGCUUGCCCCAGAGCACGACCAGGAGGUGCCGCGGCAGCUGCUGUCGCACUGCACCAUGAUGCCCCACGACUCCCACGGCCCUACCCACGCCCACGGCGCCCACGGCCCUGCCCAUGUGCACGGUCACGCGCCCCUAGUGUGCCACGACCCCACCUGCCAUCACACAAGCUGCGACGCCAUGCCUGUUGGCUCCCCCGCUGACUGCCUCAACUGGGAAGAGGUGGAGGCGUUUUGCCGCAACAUGGACAGCGCACGAGUGCGCAUCGAGUCCAUCGACAUUCAGCACGAACCCAGGAAGUCCGCACGGCAUGGAGUGGCCACACACAAGGGCUUAAGGGUAACUGGCUUGCACGGGCAGGAGCAGCAGCAGCAACCGCAGCAGGGGCAGCAGCAGGGGCAGCAGCAGGCGGAAGGGAAGGGGAAUGGGCAGCAGAGGGAGAGGGAGGAGGCGGUGGGGAUGGAGGCGUGCAGCAGAGUGCUGUUUGCUGUCAAGUUCCAGGGCAUGUCGCUGUGGCACUACCCCGCUAGUGACAGCGUCAAGCCUCUCUUCCGCAUGGCCUCCUGAGUCUCCUGGCUCUUCUAAAACUGGGAACGAUGGACGAUGGAGGGGACUUGUUGGAUGGGGAUACAGCAGAGAGGCGGUGUGGGCAAGAGGAGCUGCCCCACGCCUGAUUUUUUCAGGAUUCCUUACAAGCGGUUGGUGGCCUCCAGUGGGCUCGGUUCUGAAGGCACAUGCAGUCAUGGUGUUGGGACAUUAUGGCAUCUGGGCUUUGUUGUAGGCACUGCAGGUGGAACUGGGAGUGAGGGAAGUGGAUAUUUCCGUAACAUUCUCUCUUUUAUUUAUUUAUUAUGGAAAGGUGGCAGUUAAU